AUGCGGACUUCUCCGAGCAGGCAGCCUCACCAGCCACCCCUGCUCUACCAGCCUCACCAGCCACCCCUGCUCUACCAGCCUCACCAGCCACCCCUGCUCUACCAGCCACCCCUGCUCUACCAGCUUCACCAGCCACCCCAGCCUCACCAGCCACCCCUGCUCUACCAGCCUCACCAGCCACCCCUGCUCUACCAGCCACCCCUGCCUCACCAGCCACCCCUGCUCUACCAGCCUCACCAGCCACCCCUGCUCUACCAGUCCUACCAGUCACCCCUGCUCUUCCAGUCUCACCAGCCUCCCCUGCUCUACCAGCCACCCCUGCUCUACCAGCCUCACCAGCCACCCCUGCUCUACCAGUCCUACCAGUCACCCCUGCUCUUCCAGUCUCACCAGCCUCCCCUGCUCUACCAGCCACCCCUGCUCUACCAGUCUCACCAGCCACCCCUGCCUCACCAGUCUCACCAGCCACCCCUGCUCUACCAGCCACCCCUUCUCUACCAGCCUCACCAGCCACCCCUGCUCUACCAGUCUCACCAGCCACCCCUGCUCUACAAGUCUCACCAGCCACCCCUGCUCUACCAGUCUCACCCCUGCUCUACCAGUCUCACCAGCCACCCCUGCUCUACAAGUCUCACCAGCCACCCCUGCUCUACCAGCCACCCCUGCUCUACCAGUCUCACCAGCCACCCCUGCUCUACCAGCCACCCCUCUCACCAGCCACCCCUGCUCUACAAGUCUCACCAGCCACCCCUGCUCUACCAGCCACCCCUGCUCUACCAGUCUCACCAGCCACCCCUGCUCUACCAGCCACCCCUGCUCUACCAGCCACCCCUGCUCUACCAGCCUCACCAGCCACCCCUGCUCUACCAGUCUCACCAGCCACCCCUGCUCUACCAGUCUCACCAGCCACCCCUGCUCUACCAGUCUCACCAGCCACCCCUUCUCUACCAGCCUCACCAGCCACCCCUGCUCUACCAGCCUCACCAGCCUCCCCUGCUCUACCAGCCUCACCAGCCACCCCUGCUCUACCAUUCUCACCAGCCUCCCCUGCUCUACCAUUCUCACCAGCCACCCCUGCUCUACCAGCCUCCCCUGCUCUACCAGCCUCACCAGCCUCCCCUGCUCUACCAGUCUCACCAGCCACCCCUGCUCUACCAGUCUCACCAGCCUCCCCUGCUCUACCAGCCUCACCAGCCUCCCCUGCUCUAA